GUCGCGGAUCGCAGUAAAUGCUGACAUUCGGGGCGUCCUGCUGGUAGACGCUUGUCAUAGGAUGGAGCCGAGUAACGUGACUGGUCUGUAUGGCAUAUAUUGCCUCUUGCUUUCUCCUCCACGCCGUCCACUAUUCCCCUCUGUCUCCCUUCCAUCUUCUCAUAGUACUCCUGCAGUCUAGAAAUCUGAAAGCGACGCUUGUAUCAACAUAGCAUACGUCCUCAUGACGAAACCGCAGAUUGCUCUCACACUCACCACGUCUGACGCCAAAGUCCUCGAUGCGGUCUUUGAUCCAGAAUCCGCGCCCGAGGCGCCGAGAAUAACAGUAGACCCAUCACUGCCGUCAGAUCCUCACAUCAGAGACGCACAGCUUCUGGCUCGUUUAAGGGAACAGGAGAUUGCUGCUGUCAAAAUCAUCGAGGCCUGUCCGAGUCAAGAUGGAGAUGCUAAGCGGGAAACGUACCGUAAAGCGCUCGAGAUUCUGGAUGCCGUUAUAGAAGAACAGCCUAUGUACGCAAGUGCGUGGAACAACCGUGCUCAAAUACGACGAUGGAUGUACGGAGAUCGCGGUACGCUUACGACGGCGUCAAUCCCCGCGUCAGAGGAAGCACUCGAGAUUCGAGCCACUCUUGUGCAAGCCCUGAAGGAGCUUGACACUGCCAUUGCCCUUGCUUCCCCGGCGUCGAGGGAGCCUGCAGUUUCGCCUUCGCAGAAAAAGCUACUAGCACAGGCCUGGACGCAGCGAGCCGCUAUCUUUUGGGGCGUAGCGAAAGAUCUCGGGUCGUCCGAACGUUCUGUGAUCGUUGUCCCAGACGAAGCAGAACAGCCGACUUGGUCGAAAUGGACGAGGGUCGAUUUCGAAGAGGAAGGUUCUCGUUGCUUCUUCAUGGCUGGGCUUUACGGCAGCGAAGUUGGAAGAGCCAUGGCGGUGCUAAGCAAUCCGACCGCGAAACUCUGCGGAAGCAUCGUGAAGGAAGCCAUGAAACGGGAAAGAUGUGGAUCGUGAUCUUUCGCGAAGAUCGGUGACUUGGAGUGCAAAUUAACUUGUCGAGAUUUGAAUAGAAAGAAGGAGUCUUAAUCAGAGCUCCUCUGUAGAGUAUUGAGCUUACGUGCAUGGAUGAGGCAGACAAGAAAUAUUGGUUUUCCACACAGCCCGACUUCAUGUAUGAUGAAACUGGCCGUUUAACUCAUAACUCAUUAUUCCGUUACAUAUUUGAAUGUUUUUCUCAACUUGUAACAUGACCAUUUCGCGGAUUCAUGGCACUAUGUUCAGUGUCGAAUUCUGA